AUGCAAGCACUUUGGUCACGGAUAGCGCAGACCGGACUCAGCUGCCAUUGCCCAUCAUGCGUGUCGGCAGGUGCCAGUGGGGUUGCUAGGCGGACCACCAAUGCUGCCGGCAGGAGGCCAGUGAGAUGGGCUCUGUCGUCGACCUUCGUAUACUCGGGCAUCUUUGCCGCCGCCGCUACCACCGACGCUGGAUUUAAGCAAAAGAGACGGGAGCAAUGGGACCGUGCCAUCGCAGACAUCAAACACGAUCUCGACCAACCCGCAUUGGACAAAACAACUGUUACCCAGGACUUUGCACAGGCUCAGAAAGAGAAGGAGGAACAGAUUCAGACUGAGCCAGAGAAGGAAGAGCCUGUCCCAUGGAAACUGCUUUUCGACGACCUGCAAGAAGCCAUUCUCGAAGACCCACACGAAGAAGCACAAUUCGAUGGCCCCAUAUGGCCGGCAAACACUGGUGCUGACCUUCAUCGACCCUUCGUUGCACCCAAUUCCAUAUACGCCAAACCCUUCCACCGCGAAAGGGCUCUCGCCACGCGCUGGACUCCCAAGAAGACACGCACAACCGAGUUGGCUGUCGACAAGCUCAUUCUGCGUAUGCUUUUACACCUAGAUGAACUCGGUUUCCGCAAGGACAUAGGCAGUGCUGUACCCACAUCAUGCUCAGACUUCUUUGGCGCCCCGGCUCCUCAGCUCAAGGCUCUUCUGUUAUACACAAACACCCAACACAUGGACGCUACUACUUUUCCAGAUUCAUUUGCGCAACUGAACGACCUACCGAGACAACAUAAAUAUGGUGUUACUUAUCGACAGGAUGCUUUUGGUGAAUUUCACCACACUGCACAAAACCUGAAUAGUGCUUUUCGCCAGCUGUUUGAGAAGAAAAAAUCGGGACAACUAGCCUAUGAGGAACUUGUUGCAAAGGUUGCUUACAACCUUUACAUUUCUUCGGCACCACCCGACUUGGACUGCUGGAAUACUCUGCUGUGCGGGUUCAUGGAGUGUGGUGAUCUCUUCCUGGUGAACCCCACACUGAAUGCAAUCCGCAAUGCAAACGUGCGUCACAACGAGAUCACCAUCAAAGCUACUCUCAAGUACUACAUCAUGGUCAACUCCCCUGACAGAUUUGUCGCCUUUGUUGAUAGGGUUCGCGGCUUGGGAAACGGUCUGAUGCUCGCAAAGCCUACCACAAUUAUCAACGAUUCAGGUAAUACCCGUCUUGUUCUGAAAGAAAACGGCAAGAUUGUUCAGAAGCCGUAUCACACUCCGGGUGUCUUUGAGACCAUUGUGCAAGGUGUGUUGCAUUUUGCUGGCUUUGAUGUGGCGUUGCGCAUCUACAAAGACAUGGGUCGCGAAGGAUGGGGUCUCUCGAUUCGUGGUCUGACACCUUUACUCGAUGACCGAGCGCGAAACGCAGACUACAAACUCGGGAAUCAGAUAUGGAAUCUGAUCAAGAUGCUACAGGCGGAAAGCAAGGCCAAGGGCAACCAGGAAAGACUAUUUGCCCGCACUUACUCGGCGAUGUUGCGUUUGUGCAGUGUCUGUAACGAUAUGGCUCGCUUUGAAGAGAUAUUGCGCGAAGCACGCGCUGCCAAGUACGAGCACAAAGACCUAUUGAGAAUGUUCAGGCAAGAGAUGCUUGAAGGGUCAUCCGCAGUGCCUCACUUGAAAGCGCCCAAGUCUGGCAUACAACAUUAUAUCCAAGAAGUCGCUCUAGCGGAUUUUGAGAACAUUGAAGAGAAGGAGCCAGAAAGGACUGAGGAGGAGAUCUCAAUGAUACCAGAGACUCCGACAGUCAUGUCAUCAGCCAGCGUUGAUUCUACCUCUGGUCUGGCUUUCCAGGAUGAUGAGUGGCUGGAUUCUCCAAUGGUCGCCAGAUCGUAA